AUGGCGACAGUCACAACCAAACAGCGCCUCGCGGUCGCCAUCUGCGAAUUCCUCUCCACCUCGGUCAACGACGGCACCGUCCCCGCCGACGACAAGGACUCCAUCGACGUCGCCAUCCAGUGCAUCGCCGACUCUUUCAAGGUCGACCCCACCGACAAGAAGCUCCUCGCCGACUCGGUCGGCUCCCAGAACCUCCAUCAGAUCUACUCCGUCUACGAGAAGCUCAAGAAGGCGUCCACCCCCGCCGCCGCCGCCGGUGCCUCGGCCGGUGCCGCUGCCGCGGGCGCUGCUGACGCCGCUGCGACCGCCUCCUCCAAGGUCCCCACCGAGCAGGAGAAGAAGGACGCCGACGCCCUCAAGUCGCGCGGCAACGCCGCCAUGGCCUCCAAGGACUACCCCUCCGCCAUCGCCCUCUACACCCAGGCCCUCGCCCUGAACCCGGGCAACGCCGUCUUCCUCUCGAACCGCGCCGCCGCCCACUCCGCCGCCAAGGACCACGAGUCUGCCAAGGCCGACGCCGAGGCCGCCGUUACCAUCGAUCCGGCCUACACGAAAGCCUGGUCGCGCCUCGGCCUUGCCCGCUUCGCCCUCGGCGACGCCAAGGGCGCCAUGGAGGCCUACGGCAAGGGCAUCGAGUACGAGGGCUCCGGCGGCAGCGAGGCCAUGAAGAAGGGUUUCGAGACGGCCAAGCGCCGCGUCGAGGAGAUGCAGGCCGAGGAAGUCGACCUGCCCCGCCAGUCCCCCGGCGUCGGAGGUGGUGGUGCCGGCGGCGCUGGAGCUGGCAUGCCCGACCUGAGCAGCCUGGCGAGCAUGCUCGGCGGUGGCGGCGCGGGCGGUGCAGGCGGCAUGCCCGACUUCAGCCAGAUCAUGAACAACCCCAUGUUCGCCAGCAUGGCCCAGAACCUCAUGAGCAACCCUGACAUGAUGAGCAACCUCAUGAGCAACCCCCGCCUGCGCGAGAUGGCCGACCGUUUCGGCGGCGGUGGAGGUAUGCCCGACCUCAACUCUCUCAUGUCCGACCCCAACAUUGCCGACAUGGCCCGUAACAUGAUGGGUGGUGCUGGUGGUGCCCCUGGUGGCGCCCCUGGUGGUGCCCCUGGCGGAGGUGCCGGCGCCGGCCGCGGAGGCUCUGCUUAG